UUUUUAGGAAUAUGGAUGAAAUAGAAGAAAUUCAAGAGCUAUCAAAGGAGAGUGAAUCUCCAAAAAGACCAACUCUUGGUCCCAUUAUGACCAAGAACCCCACUAGUCCAUUAGAAAAAGUUAUUAGCUUUAAAAGGCAUCAUCAUGAAGAGAGUAAAGAGAUGUUUCAGGCAUACAGAGAUUUAAUAAUAGAAAGGAGAGAAGAUAACUCAGCCCCUUCAUCUAUUUCUGAGAGCCACUCCUCUGAGGAUUCAGGGAGUAUAGAAGAAGAGAAGCAUCCUAUGGUGACUGAGCCUAAGAGACCUUGCAAGCCGAACCUGAUGGACUGAGAAUUCAUGGAAAUUAAAUAAUGUAUUCUCAACAUGAUCUGAUAAAAGAAAAAAGUAAUGAUGAAGAGGAUACACCAGAUAGUCUGAAUGUCAAGCCAACAGAUCUCAAUACAAGUGUCUUCAGGAUAAUAAUCCAUAUUUGAUUUCUUGUUAUCUAUAUAAUCUCAUGCUCUUCCUCUCAAAAGAUCGGAAGUGCUAACUCGAUGGCCCGAACAGUGACUGAUAUCUUUGAGUCAAGGCCUUAUAACAAAAAUGGAGAUACAUAUGAAAAGAUCACAGAGAAGGAAGAUCUUUACCAGUUCUUUGGAAAUGUCAUCAUUGCUCAAAUUUAUGAUGAGUCCCAGAAGGAAUUCGAAGCAAUGGCUGAAGGAUACCAUUAUCUCAGCUACUCUAAUUAUUUUUGAGGUCUGAGGUUGACUCAUAAUCGUGCUCUAGCUCAGACCAAUACUGAUGCUUAUAAGGAAAAGAUUCCUGUAACUAGAAAAGGAAAUUAUAAAGGCAAAUCAAAUCAAAGACAAAGUAACUUGCAUACAGAACCCUUCGGAACAGAUAACACGAAAUACUCUAAAAACGGAGGAUAUAAAGGAAAAGGUGGAUAUGUUCAUUACUUUGAUGACUCUUUGGAUUAUUAUGAAGCUUUAAUACAAUAUGCAACCCUUCUAGAAGAUGGAGUCUUUGAAGGAGACCUUGUCAACCUUGUUGUUGAAAUAAUGCUAUAUAAUGAAAAUUUUCAGGUCGGAAUAAACCUUGCCUAUGAAUUCAUGAUAAAUAAUGCAGGGAAGAUAGAGACAUACAAGGAUAUUCAAGCUUUCUAUGUGAGCAGGUACAGCAAAGAUUAUCACCAAUCAUCUAAAUUUCUCCAAUAUUUUUUCAUGUCUUUGGAUAUAAUCUUCUUUCUCGGACUGCUCUUUUACAGUUACGAAAUUGGAAAAGUAAUCAUAAGAGUGGUAAAAGAAUUAUUUAGGCUAGGAGAGAUUAAUGUAUUCUGGUAUGAAGUGAUAGAUCUUAUCAUCAUUUUGCUUAGCCACAUUACGAUUGUAUUCUGGGGAUUGAUAGUCAUAAACCCACGGGAUAUAAAACUUCCUGUUGAUCAAGAUCAAUUUCAAGAUUAUGCUGAGUUAGGAGGAAUAACUAGCAUAUUCAAAUAUAUCAUCUGUAUUAAUAUUAUCUUGAUAUGCAUCAGAUCUCUCAAGUUACUCACAGUGAAAUUUCCUUCCUUUAGUGCCCUAUUUGAUACUGUAAGGAUUGCUUUCAAUGAUUUCAUAAUAUGGUUUCUGGUAAUCACAAUCCUACUAUGUGGAUUUGUGUACAUGUCAAUGUUCCUUGUGGGGACAUACGACCCUGAAAGCGAUAAUUUCCUCAAUGUUUAUAUCAGAAUGCUGAACUUGACAUUUGGAUUCACUUCAAUAUCAAUAGAAGAAAAUGGAGAUAACAAUUUAUCUACUUUAGCAAGAUUUAUGAGUUUGGUGUUUGUUAUUGUUUUUAUCUUACUGUUAUCCAAAAUGUUGAUGACAAUCGUAAUCAUCAGAUACAUUUACCUCAGGUCAUGAACUCAGUUGUACAAUGAAGCAAUUGCUCGAAUCACCUACAAAGAUAGCAAUCUUUUAUAUGUGUUCUUCCCCAAAAAGAUUGAAAAACCGAAAGAUUCUGAAGAAAAAGACGAAGUCUUUGAUGAAAGGAAUGCUGGCUUUACAAUAAGAGAAAGAAUCUGCUACAGAAUCCAAAGAAUUCUAAGGCCAAAGGAAAUCAAGAGCAAAGAUGAGAUAGAUAAAGAGAUUAUAGACAUCAUUCAGCAGAUCAAGAAAGAAAAGGAAGAUAAGAGAAAGAAGCGGCUUGAAAGAGUCGGUCUCAGGAGUAUAGGAAGAAUGAAGAAUAGGCUCUACAGUCUUCUUCUGCAUAGCAUUUUUUAGUAUCAUUUUUAUUUUUGUUUCACUUUAUCAUAUUGAUAAUACUUCCUCAUUCGAACAUCAUAAUGUGAAGGAAUACAUAAAGUCACAAGAAUUUGUACUAGCCUCUGAUUUAUUUGGAGGAGGAAUCUUUGGAAGAAGAGUUCUCAAGGAAAAUUUUGGAAAAAAGUUUAAAAGGUCAAUUACAGGUCCCCCUGUGUCUGGUAGCGACCCUUCUGACGAAAAACCUUCAGAAGAAACGCCAGAUGAUGUUCCUGAAGAAGACUAUCCAGAAGAAGACUAUCCAGAAGAAGACUAUCCAGAAGAAGAGUAUCCAGAAGAAGAUUAUCCAGAAGGAGAUACACCAACUAAUAGCACAGAUCCAGGCAAUGAACUUUUAAGAAAUAUUUAUCUUUCUUUCGACGAUAUCAGUGAAACUAAAAUGAUUGAAGAUUGGAUGUAUGAUAUUCUCUUCACAACCAUAUUUGAUGAUGAUUACAAAAUCAAAGACCAGAAUUUCGUGAUUGGAAUACCAGUGAUAUUCCUUGCCGUAAGAAGGACUAAGGAGCAUCAAAACAAAGAUUCUGAUACAAAUAAAAUUUUUCCUAAUUAUAUUUCAUAUGAAGAGCACUCGAUCUAUACAAAAUUAGGGGAUGAAGCGUACAAGGAAGACAUCAAUCUUCGCAAUGGAGAGGUAGUCAAGUAUAACCCUGAGGGAAGGGAUGGGACUGUAAAAGAUGCAGGAGGAUACAGAUUUCCAAUACCAAGAGAUAAGGACCAAGCUUAUUCAAUAGACGUAUUCGGGGAAGAUGAACUAAUCGCUCCAAGCUGGGUGAACAUCGCUUUUGCUUUCUUCUAUGUUAACAGGAACAAUCACAAUUUUGUAAUAAAUUUCAUACAAUUUGACAGACUUCCCUCAGGUGAGAUCAGAAGUGGUUACGAUAUUGGAGCAACAAGAUUCCGAUACAAAUCCCAUCUCGAUAGGUUUAUCUUAUUCCUCGAAAUUGUGUGGCUAUGAAUCUUAUCUUUUUAUUGGUAUAUUCUAAUCAAAACAAUUUUCCUUAUUUUCAAGAAAUAUGUUGACAAAAGUAUUGAAAAACAGCCUCCUCAUAUGCGCCGUGCUUUUUAUCUCCUAAGAGUAAUGAGAAUUGAUUGAAGGGAGAUCCAUGGAUACAAAACAUGUCAGGGGCUUUGGUAUAUCAUGAAGAAGUUAACUAUUUGUCUCUUAAAAUUAUCCUUCUACAUUGUAAAAGCAAUUUUAAAAUACUCAUUCUCUUCAAUCUACAAUAUUGUUCAUUUUAUAUCACUGAUCCUCAUUUUGGUGCUGAUAAGAAUCUGGAUAAGAAUAGCAACGCAAUCAGAAUUUAAGAUCCAAUCAGAUGGGAAUGCUCCUGGAUGUUUCGAUUACAUAAGCGAUACAGUCUAUCUCCUCUCUGAUUAUCGUAUUUAUACUUCUAUUUUAUCCAUCCUCUUGUUCUUCAGGCUAACAAAACUAUUUGAUCUUAGUCAAAAGUUGGCGAUAUUCACUGAUAUAAUCACAGAGUCAGCCACAGAUCUGAUGUUCUUUAUUCUGAUGUUUACUGUCUUUCUUUGAGGAUAUUCUCUAAUUGCUCACUUCCAGUUUGGAAUCUCGAAUGAAGAAUACCGAGAAGUAGCCCACACUGUUCUAGCCCUUGUCAGAUUAGCCAGUGGAUCUGGAAACCUUGAUAAUCAAAAUGUUUAUAGUUCAUUUGAUAAAGACAUGUUUAGGAUCAGCUUCAUUAUGAUCAUGAUUUUGCUAUUAAACAUGAUGGCUUCAAUUAUAAUUUCUCACUAUGUUGAACAAUACAUUGCAAGUAUGUCGAUUUAUACAGGAGAAGAGGAGAGUAAGAAUAAUCUAUGGAAGAAAAUAACCCACAAAUUCAAUUCUUAUUGCUGCAAAUGCUUCAAAGAUGCUCAAGAAGAGGAAGAAAAUCCUAAAAGAAGCAAACCAAACGUAACUAAUUUAAAAAUCAAAGAGAGAUUUUUCAAAAAUAAUUCUCUUAAGAUGUACACUCAUAUCAAUGAUAAAUCAGUGGAGCUUGAAAAUAACCUCGAGGCUCAGAUGGAGUUGAACUUUUGGGUGACUAAUCUAACUUCGAAAGUUUCUCAACUAUUAUAUAAAAACUACACUAAUCAACUAGUCAAUAAUGAACACGAUGUUCUUGAUUAUGUAGAACAUCCGCCUUGAUCUUGUGGAAAGCUGCAUGACCAAGAUUGUCCAGAAGUCAGAUUUGAUGAAACUCAAAUCGUAUUCUUAAUGCGGAGAGAAGGCAAGCAGAUUAAGAUCUGGGAAAAGUCAGAAAUAAGCAAGAAAUUCAAACUUUGGAAAGCAGCACAAAUCAACUAUGACCAAACUGAAGGCUCAAAUGACAGUUAUGUGGACAAGUUUUCGGAUUCAAUGGAUAAUUCUAAUUCAAGGGAGCAAGUUCCAGACUCUCACGAAAGGUUUAAGAGUAAUGCUCCACUUCAAAACCAAUUUGAUUCACAUGCACAUGAAUCUGAGGAAGAUUUCUCUGGGGGAGAGUUAUCUUUAAACAUUAUUGAGCAGCAUACACAUUUUGAUGAAGAAAAGAAACCACAUGGGAUGAUUUCUGAUAUUCAGAAGCAACUAUGGUGGCAUCACACAGACAACCAUGAAAGAAUCAGGAUCUUCAAAAAGUUAUCUUUCACUAUGAAGGUUCAACUAUGGAACUCAAUUGGAUUCUCAAGAGAACAUUUUAAAAAAGCUGGUAUCCUUGCUGAUAAUGAAGAGUUUGACUAUUUUAAAUGAGUCCAAAGGCUAGAUUUCAAACAAAUAAAUAAGCUAGCAGUCACAAUCAUUGAGGAAAGCAAUCUUACAAAAGGAGAAUACUUCACAAGUCUGAACAAAGGCAUAUGGAAAAACAAUAAACGUGGGUGAAAGCUAGAUGCUAGGGCAUGUAUUUGGUUUGAAAUCCCCCUAUACUUAAAAUUCCAGCUUUAUAUUAAUACAAAUUCUAAAAAUGAUGCAAAAGUGUUGGCAAUUAUGCUUUACAGUCAGUUCAAAUUCUUGAAAGAAAUAAUAUCUUCUGACCUGAAGAAGGGACAAAAAGUUGGUGGCAAGCAGAUUAAGUAUAUCAUAAAAUUUGAUGCUCCUCUUGAAUCCACUUUGAAAAAUUUAAUUUACAAAAAGUAUUAUAUGAAUCUAUGAGAGCUCAAGGCUAAUAUAUGCAGUUUCAAAUUCAUGAAUCUCCAGAUGGACAAAAUUUACAACGAGGAUUCCCAGAUUUUGAACUACAUCAGAGUUCUUUAUCAAAGAAUAGCUGAUAUCUAUCAAAACAAAAAGAAAGACUGCCGUCCAAAAGUUAUUAAAGGAAAAGUUUUGAAGCUGAGUAAAAAGCAAGAACUCUUGGAUGAAAGAGCCCUAAAAUUCUCUGAAACAAAAUUAUUCAGGAAAAUUACAGAGAUCAGUAAGAGAGCUGAAGACCUUAGAUAAAUAC